GCGGGGCGCGGUCCGGAAGCGAGCGCGGAGCGGCCCGGGGCGCCGCACCAUGCUCCCCAGCGCCGUGGCGGCCCAUGCCGGCGCCUACUGGGACGUGGUGGCUUCCUCCGCGCUGCUGAACUUCCCCGCCGCGCCGGGCUUCGGCAACCUGGGCAAGAGUUUCCUGAUCGAGAACUUGCUGCGGGCUGGGGGCGCCCCGCCGCACAGGCUACCACCGCCCCCGCCCCACGGCCCGGCAGCAGCUCUCGCCGCGGGCGCUCAGGUCCGGCCUCUGCCGGCCAGCCCGGUUCCGCUCAAGCUGUGCCCCGCGGCAGAACCAGUCAGCCCCAGCGGGGCGCCCUACGGCGCGCGGUGGGCGUUUCAAGUGCUCAGCCCCUCGGCGGACGGCGCCAGGCUGCCGGGCCGGGCUCCGGGGGACCGAGACUGUGCCUUCCAGCCAUCAACCCCAGCGCCUUCCAAGCCUUUUUUUCUGAGCGCCCCACCAUUCUACUCGUCGUGCUGCGGUGGGUCCUGUCGGCGCCCUGCCUCCCCCACUGCUUUUCCAAGAGAAGAGAGUGUGCUGCCUCUUCUGACACAGGAAUCUAAUUCCAAAGCUCGGAGGGGUAUUUUAAGAAGAGCUGUCUUUUCUGAGGACCAGAGAAAGGCUCUGGAGAAAAUGUUUCAGAAGCAGAAAUAUAUCAGCAAAACAGACCGAAAGAAACUUGCCGUCAACUUGGGACUAAAGGAAUCACAGGUGAAAAUCUGGUUUCAGAACAGAAGGAUGAAAUGGCGGAAUUCCAAAGAAAAGGAAGUGCUUUCCAACAGGUGUAUCCAAGAAGUAGUCCUUCAAGAGGACCCCCUCUCACGAUCUGCUCUGGGUUUCGCUUCUCCAUGUCCUUCACUCUGGGAAAUCUCCCAACAGCACUCGAGUCCAAGAUGGAGGGAGAAUUCACCAGAACCUUCAGAGAGACUAAUCCUGGAGAGUCCAGGGGCAUUGGCCCCAGAAGCAAAGUCACUGCAAGGUGCCUUGUAUUUGUGUUCUGAAGAGGAUGCCAGAGACAAGGGUGUACUUACUGGCUCAGUGUGAAUGGAAGCAUUCUGCCACGUUAACGUAAAGAACAGUUAACUAUUAAUGUUUGGACUCUUAAGCCUGCUAGCUUGUGUCUCAUCAGUGCCUAAAACCUAACACCUUUGGAGUGAAGCAUGGACUAAUGUUUUAGGAAACCGUCUCCAGUGUUCUCUUAUUUGGGUCCUAGACUCAGACUUAAUUUGUAAGUGGAACAGAAUCUCCCAGAAAGUACGAUGGAACUGAAAAGAACGAGAAUAAUGGUCAGCUCAGUCCUUGCUCUGAAUAUGUGUAUAUAUGCGUGUGUCUCUAUGUGUAUAUAGAUAAAUAUUCAUCAAAAUACAUUAGUAGAAAUUAGUUUCUCUCUAAAUAGUGCAUUGAGCAAAUUCACUUCCUUUUAUAUGAAGAAAA